AUGCCGCCGAGCGCAAGUCGCGACAUUGCCGCAGCCGAGCUCGCAGCGCGACGCGCUGAGGUCAGGAGCACCGUUGUGCUGGCUUUCCGCGACGUGUUGCUGGCGCAGGAACGCAUCAAGCUUGCUGCUGAAACCACAGAGCUCGCAAGGCGGGGCAGUCAGGCCGCAAGUAGACGGGUGCAAGCUGGCAAGGUCUCACCGGUGGAGGAAACCAAGGCCAAGAUUGCCGAAGCCACGGCGGGCUUGGAUACCUUGCAGGCACAGUCUGAAUUGAUGCAGGCGCGUCAACGGCUGGCCGCUACUUGGGGCAGCGCGUACCCGAGAUUCGAGCGUGCAGAGCCGAGCACCGCAACUUACACAGAGCUCCCUUUUCUGCCCACGGUCGAGAGCCUCAUGUCGCGCUUGGCAUCGUCGCCGAGCUUGCAACGCGUGAAGAGCAACGUGGCGCUUCGGCAGGCCAUCGUGCGUGUUGAGAACAGCAAGGCAACGGCCGACGUCACGGUCAGCAUGGGUGUUCAGCGAGAUGCGCAGUCUGGCCGAAAUCUGGCCGUGGUGGGUUUGAGCAUGCCAUUCGGUGUUUUCGACCGCAACCAGGGCAACAUCUUGGAGGCUCUGAAGCGCGAAGAGAAGGCUCGCGACGAGUUGGCGUUGACAGAACUUCAACUGCGCACCUCCGUACUGCAAGCACACGCACGGCUGGAGGCUUCGCGCAUCGAGGCCCAAACGAUCCGCGACUCGGUGUUGCCUGGCGCCCAAGCGGCCUAUGACGCUGCAACCAAAGGGUUCGAGCUCGGCAAGUUCGAUUUCCUUGAUGUACUUGACGCGCAACGCACCUUGUUUCAGGCGCGUGCUCAAUACCAGCGCGCCAGUGGCGAAGCACAGCGCCUCGCAAUUGACAUCGACCGCCAACUAGGCGAGUCGACCGACAGCGACGCGACUCCAACCUCAACAGUUCCCACAUCCCCCGCCCAGCGCUAG